UCUGUCUGUCUCUCUCAUGGCCUCUGAGCGGUCAUCCACCGGGAGUCGCUCCUCGAACCUGAGACCUGACGCAGCGAUCGGGACGGAUCCAUCGGCCAACAACAUGUGUGAGGAACGCUUUGACACAGAGAAUCAUGGCGUGAGCAUUAAGAGAGAUUACUCGCCCGUCUCCUGGAGUGAAUACUUUGAAGUGAUGGACGAUGUGGUUAUUGGGUCAGGAGAGACCAAGGAUGUGUUCCGAGUGUAUAAAAGCGGUCAGGACGGUCCACUGCUGGUUCUGCUGCAUGGAGGAGGACAUUCGGCUCUGUCAUGGGCCGUUUUUACGGCAGCAAUGGCCAGUCGGGUCACCUGUCGGGUUCUGGCUAUGGAUCUGAGGGGUCACGGUGUCACUCAAGUCCGACACACAGAUGACCUUUCAACACAAACCAUGUCCAGAGAUGUAGCCAAUGUGGUGCGAGCUACAUAUGGAGAGUUCCCGCCACCGAUUAUCCUGGUGGGUCACAACAUGGGCGGCGCCAUAGCGGUGCACACGGCCCUUGGAACUCUGCUGCCCUCUGUGGUCGGGCUGGUUGCCAUCGACGUGGUGGAGGGCAGUGCUAUGGAUGUCCUGCACAGCAUGCAGAACUUUCUGAAAGGACGACCCAAAUCCUUCAAAUCCAUUGAUCACGCCAUAGAAUGGAGUGUGAAAAGUGGACAAAUCAGAAACUUGGAAUCUGCCAAAGUGUCCAUGGUGGGACAAGUGAGAUGGUGUGAUGUAGAGGAACGGGACACGGCCGAGCAGGUGAGUCCAGUCACUGAGAGCGUGUCAGAGGGUCACGAGGAGUUUUAUGGUCUGAACUACGCCACCGAUAAGGCCGAGAGCAGCACAUCAGCAGAGCCUUCCGGUGUGUACAGUUGGAGAAUUGAUCUGUCUAAAGCAGAGAAAUACUGGGACGGCUGGUUCAGGGGAAUAUCAAACCUCUUCCUCUCCUGCAACGUCUCGAAACUCCUACUGUUGGCAGGCAUUGAUCGACUGGACCGAGACCUGACCAUUGCACAAAUGCAGGGUAAAUUCAUGAUGCAGGUGCUGCCUCCAUGUGGUCACGCGGUGCACGAGGACAUCCCAGAUAAAGUGGCAGAUGCUCUGGCAAGUUUCAUGAUCAGACACAAAUUUGCUGAAGCUCGCAGUGAAAAUAAAAGCUCCUCGUAUCCGUUCAUGCAGUGAGGACUCCAGGGACUGUGUAUUCUCAGUUUCUCUCAUCUGCCCCAAACACAACACACAACUAUCCACCCGUUCUGCCGUCAUGUGUGCGACCUGAGAUCAAACUUUAAUGUCAUAUUUGUUUUAGCCUCAGAUGAAGGACAACACGAAGAGAAAUGUGCAGAAAUCCAAACAUCUCACAGCACAACACAGCAACAUACAUGUUACUUUCUCCAGGAAU